CACUGUCACUGUCAGUCAAAUCGAUCGAUAAUCGUGCUUCUGCCUGUGUUUACAAAUUUUAUCGGCAACACGUGAGGUCUUUUAAUUUGAACUUAUUGUUUUUAUCUACAAAAUGCCAGGACCGGACUUGUUAUCAAGUCAAGGACUCCGCCUUGACGGACGACGGCCUCACGAGCUUCGGCGUAUUCAAUGCAAACUUGGUGUUUUCACACAACCUGAUGGAAGCGCUUAUUUGGAACAAGGAAACACAAAAGUUUUAGCUGCAGUUUAUGGCCCUCACCAAGCCUCCAAAGCCAAAAGCUUACCAGAUAGCGUAGUGGUCAACUGCCAGUACAGCAUGGCUACAUUUUCCACAGGUGAGAGAAAGAACCGUCAGCGUGGCGACCGCAAAUCCCAGGAGAUGUCCAUGCAGCUGAGACAGGCCCUGAUGGCAGCCAUCAAAACAGAGCUGUACCCGCGCUCACAGAUAGACAUCUACGUUGAAGUAUUACAGGCCGACGGCGGCGCAUACUGCGCAGGCGUGAACGCAGCGACUCUCGCGCUGAUCGACGCCGGCAUUCCUAUCAAGGCAUACAUGAUUGCCUGCACUGCUUCCAUGGCUUGGAAGGGAGGAGAACCGGAGCCUUUAGUGGAUGUCAGUCACGUGGAGGAAGCGGCUGGGGGGGUCGUGUUGACUGUCGCUAGUUUGCCUAGCACUGGAAGCAUUGGUUUAAUUGAAAUGUCCCACCGACUUCACAUGGAUUAUUUUGAUAUGGUUUUAAGUAGAGCUAUGCAGGGAUGUAAAGAUAUUGAGGCAAUUCUCGACAAAGCAGUGAGGGAUCAUUUGGCUGAAGGCUGGACAAAGUCCAAUGAUGAUGUGGUUACUAUUUAAAAUAAAUAUAAUUAUCCUUUU